AUGUUGUCACAGUCAAUCAGACCAUCGUAUAGAGCUCUCUCGCAACUUCAUCUCCUGCAAGCAUCAGCUGCAAGCCAGGCUCGUCAAGCUAGCUCAAACUCUAAAUCUGGAUCUUCGAAUAACCAACAGCAGGAUAGUCAGAAGGAAACAGUCCCACAAGCUGAUUUUGAGCAGCCGCAAAAGAGGCGCAAGACCCAAGCCGAAUUGGAUGACGAGCUUCGUCAGAAAAUGGCUGGCAUGGCUGGUGAUGGCGGCGAUGCUGGUGUCGAAUUCGAGGAUGGUCAGCCUGUCUCCAUGAAGAGAUCAGUCAAGAACAACAUGUUUCGCUACAUCUGA